AUGGUGUCUAUCCCUCACACCGAGCUCGCUGCCGCCAUAGCAGAGCUCCCAAAUUCGGUGGAUAACGAUACCAAGUCAACCUCUCAAUUUAAAACCGUUCUAGACGCCGUUAACCGAGAUCCGUCUGGCCUGUUGACAUCUCUUUCGGCCCUAUCAGUGAACUCUGAGAAGGGGCUAGCGCUGCUGUCUCUAUUACUGAGUGAGACCCGCGGCAAGCUGCCAGUACUUGACCUCUUGCGAUGCUAUGGCCAAAUACGCAAGGGCAUGCCGGAGCCUGUCAAAGCAGGCAGAGUCCCCCAGGUGACGCAAAAGCUCGAAGAGGUUGUCAAAGCGAUCCACGACAGCUACGAAUGCCUGUCCGACCUCAUCGAAGAGUCAAACAGACCAGUUCUUUUCUCACCGGAGGGCUCCCCAGCUGUCACUCACACAGCGCUAAAGAAGUCCAUACGAGAAUUUCGACUUCCCCUGCAAAAGGGCGAUGAUAAAAGUCCUGUCGUCGCUGUCGCCAUCCCUAAUGGUUCCCUCCUCGCGGCCACCUGCGUCUCUGUAACGGCCCACUUUGCGGCGGCACCCAUCAACCCGUCUGUCGGUGCGGAGCAGUUCCGUGCGGACGUGGAGCAGGUCCGGGCUAAAUGUAUCCUUACUACCCCUGAAGUGGCUGAGAGACUUGGACUCGGAGAUGGUUGGGUCUCUGAGCGGAACAUAGAAGUAUUCUAUGCCGACUUCACUUCUUCGCAAACACUUGGCAUCACUAAGCAGGAUGGCACUCCCAUCUCAGCCGAGAGCCAACACUUCCAACCAAAUAAAGGCUCAGAUAUCUGCUUGAUGCUCUUUACUAGCGGCACCUCUGGAACAAAGAAGAUCGUGCCUCUUACGAUGCAUCUCGUUAUAUUUGGCGCGAUGUUGGUCAUUGAUAGCUGGGGCCUGUCUUCUUCUGAUAUUUGCCUGAACAUGAUGCCCCUGUUCCACAUUGGCGGCCUUCUACGAAAUAUAUUCGCUUCGGUGUUAUCUGGAGGCGCAACAAUCUGCUGCCCAGCUUUUGACCCUGGCCUCUUCUGGACUAUGGUUGAGAAGCUAUCUCCGACGUGGUACUACGCGUCACCCACCAUGCACUCUGUUAUCCUUUCAUCCGCGCCCGAAAACCACGACAGCCGAUUCAGACUGAUUUGCAAUGCCGCUGGUGGUCUGCUCCCCUCAUUAGCACUCCGGUUACGAGAUGUAUUCAAAUGCACUGUCCUUCCCAGCUAUGGCAUGACAGAGUGUAUGCCUAUCUCAACACCUCCGCUCACCUAUCAACUUGAUCGGACGGGAACCUCCGGAAUAGCUACAGGUCCCGAUCUUUCCGUACUCGAUGGCAAUGACAGGCCGCUUCCUCCACUUUCUGUCGGUAGGGUAUGCGUACGGGGAGAACCGGUCUCUUAUGGGUACCUUCGAGAUGACAAUAUCCUGGACAAGAGCGCCUUCACCAAAGAUGGAUGGUUCGACACUGGAGACAUGGGAUACAUGGAUUCCGACGGAUACCUCUACAUCACAGGACGCAAUAAAGAGGUCAUCAAUCGUGGAGGAGAAAUUAUCUCACCUUUCGAGGUCGAAAAUGCUAUUGUUGGUGCCGCCAAACAGCCCGACUCACCAAUUUAUGGACGGGUAACAGAGGCUCUCGCUUUUUCAGUCCAACACGACAUUCUUCAGGAGGUGGUCGGAAUUGUGUUGGUCACACCACAUGGAAAGCCAAGGGUUGAUCUCAAGAUUCUUCAAGAAGCACUCAAGUCUGCCCUGCAGCAAGCGAAGUGGCCGUCGAUCGUUAUAUAUAUGGACGGCCUCCCGAAACGGAAUAAUAAAGUGCUCAGAAUCAAGUUGGCUGAGCGUUUGUCCCUCCCCACAUUUACCGACGACACGCCCUACCAUGAUAGGCACUGGGAAGCAGUCUGUCCUGCGGAUGAAACUGAUUUGUCUGUUAAGAUCGAGGCUAGCAAGUGCCCCGUGAAAGAAAUCCCUGUUACCUUGGCCCUCAAAGACAGCCUUCCAGAGUGUGCACGUCUCGAUGUGUAUGUGCGGACUAACUCCCAACAAGGGUGGCUUGAAGUCGUGGUAGCACCAGAAGACACCGGGCCUAUCGAAAAUCUGUCUAUUAUACGCUCUGAGAUGGAGAAAAAUUGGCUCGAUAAGGUGGCCGAGAAGAUCGACAACUACUUGGUACCACGGCGGAUCCAUUGGCUGUCCCAGCCCCUUCCUAGAGCCGCCGAAGACCCUGCGCUUGUGGAUGUUUCCGCGUUGGAGAUCAUCCUUCAUGAGAUGCAGCAAAAGGAUGCCAACCAACUGCUCCACACCACUGAGGGCAGAGUUAUCACGAAGUUUGCCGAAAUCAUCCAAUGUGACUUGUCUCUCGUAAAACCAGAUCUCGACUUCUUCUCCAUCGGUGGUGAUUCCCUCAAAGCCGGAAAACUCAUGACGGGCCUUAGGUCUGAGUUUAACGUCACUGUGCCAAUCAGCAUCAUAUUCAGUGACGGUACUCCUCGAGUUAUUGCGAAGUACAUUGACGAAUGCCGCUCUAGGACCCCAAGCAUAACGUCUGGCAAGGGGGAGAAGCUACCUGGCUGUGAGAAAACGCACAGCUCCACUCGGCCGUGGCUUAUGCUCCUUCAACUCCUACCUAUGGUGGUGAUCUAUCCUUUCCGCCGAGCGUUGCAAUGGACCCUCUUCAUGGUGGCUCUAAGCUACACGCAGCCGUGGCGAACGAACAACUGGAUGAUGGGACGAUUGUUCAAUUUGACUGUGUCUAUUCUCUUUGGGCAGGUUGUUCUCAGAUUGGUCAUCCCCUGGCUCGGCAUCCUCUCCAAAUGGAUUCUCAUCGGCCGGUACAAGGAGGGCCUGUAUCCCAUGUGGGGUCAGUAUCAUACACGAUGGUGGCUGGUCCAGAAGAUUGUGGAUAUAUGCGGUCCAGGAUGCUUCUCGUGGUCCGGCUACACUCGAAUACUUUACUACCGCUUGUUGGGGGCCAAGAUUGGCAAGAACGUAACCUUGUCAAAGGUGAGGAUGGGAGAGUGGGACCUUGUCAAGAUUGGUGACAAUGCAGUUCUCGAAGGCUGUAUUUGCCGUCCGUUCGGUGCCGAAAGAAAUACCUCGAUGUAUCUUGGACGGAUCGUCGUUGGGAAGAAUGCCACAGUUGGCGUUGCCUCCAUAAUUGCCCCUGGUACCGAGAUCCCAGACAAUACCUGCGUCGGACCCAACUCAUCUAGCUGGGAGCUUGAAGACGCCUCCGAGGAGAACCGCAACAUCCUCUCUUCCAAACGGCCCAAGGCCCACUGGAUUUUAGUUUUAUUAUUCACAAUUCCUCUCCAGAUUCUGUCUUGGCUCCUUGCUCUCCUUCCCUGGAUUGCAGGUCUACUUGGUCUGGUUAUCACAUCACCCGCCCACUCUGAGAAUGCGCUCUACGAGAUUAUUGUCUGGUUUUCAGAGGCUGAGAGAGUUGGCUUCCACUACCUUGCCUUAGUCCUUCGCGCCGCCCUUAGCCCGUUCGUUGCCUUUGGUGUUGCCGUUUCAGUCAAAUGGGUGCUAGAUAUACUGUUCGGUGAGCUUCGACCUGGCACAGCCAAGGGUCGCAGCCAAAUUUCCAUCUGGCGGGCAGAAUUGAUGAGGACCUUGAUGCCGCCAGCCAGUCUCCACGAUAUGACUGAAAUGAUGGGCCAGCACUACGAGGGAACCUCAAUUGCGGUGCGUCUCCUUGGUGGCAAGGUUGGACAGAGAGUUUAUUGGCCUGGAACUGGGCCUGCAGUGGGUGAUUACCAUCUAAUCAAUGUUGGCGAUGAUGUUGUCUUUGGCUCUCGAAGCCACAUGAUCACAUCCGAUGGCACCGGUUCGGAACCCAUCAUCAUCGGUAACAACGCAAUGAUUGCGGAUCGUGUGUGCCUGCUUCCUGGUGUCAGUAUCGGCGAUGGCACGACGAUGGGCUCCGGAUCUUUGACUCGGCGCGACCAGACGUACUCGCCGGGUGGCACGUAUGUUGGCUCUAAAGGAGGAGAUGCAGUCUGUCUUACUCUCACGCGCCCCAAUUCCGUAGCAGAUUUCCUCAAGUCGAGUGAGAAGUCGGCAAGCGCGAAAAGUUCUCCGCGUACAAGUAUUCACGAAGUCAAGGAAUCGGAAGACACCGAGGCGUCGCCCUUUGGCCGCGCGUUCUACUUCAAGAAAGCACCCUACCGUGUCUGGAGUCCUUUUACCAUCUUCUGUUACUCGAGUUUCCUUACGGUCAUCACUAGAUUUUACUGGAAUGUGCCGAGCAUUACUUCAAUCCAGUUCACAAAUCUGCUAUUCAGGGAGGCACCUAAUGUGGUGGGUAUGAAGUUACAGUUUCAUUGGGCCGACCCUUUUAUCCUCCUCGGAUGGACGACAGCUUUUGUUGCCGCUCUCACCACCAUACAAGCCAUCGUCGCCCUUCUGGCGGUCAUUGCGAGCAAGUGGAUCCUCUUAGGCCGUCGACGGCCGGGGAACUACGAUUGGGACAAGAGUUCCUACUGCCAACGCUGGCAGCUUUUCCUCGCCAUUGAGCGGCUUCGAAGGACCUGCUACCGCGGUUCGGGUAUCUUGGGUAUGUUGACGGGCACUCACUGGAUCGUGAUGUACUACCGUGCGCUGGGAGCCAAAAUUGGCAAGGACUGCGCGCUCUUCGCCAACGGCAGCCCCAGUUUGUACUUCACAGAGCCGGACCUCCUAACUCUCGGCAACCGCGUGGUGGUUGACGACGCUAGUCUCGUCGGACACAUCAACACGCGCGGCAAGUUUGAUCUCAAUAAGCUGUCUGUCGGAAACCGGUGUGUGUUGCGCACUGGAAGCCGGUUGCUCUCUGGGGCUCAUAUGCUUGAUGACGCCUGCCUUAUGGAACAUACUCUUGUUAUGGGUGGAGAUGUUGUCGGUGAGGGCGAGACCCUUCAAGGAUGGCCCGCUGGUGUGUUCAAUGGGAGGCGAGUCAAGGGCUUUUAA